AUGUCGACACAUCCAGCCAAAAAAGCCAAAUUAGACGAUUUGCCACAAUGUCCAUAUGGUAGCAAAUGUUACCGUAAAAACCCAGCUCAUUUAAAUGAAUUUUCACAUUCCCAUGUCACGUCUGUUCUCGAUACUCCGAAAGUAGUUAAAAGUGAUACUGUUAAUACAUUACCAGUAUGUCCAUUUGGUGCUACGUGCUAUCGAAAAAAUCUAUUACAUUUUGCACAAUAUAGCCAUCCAUUCGAUCUACUCCAUCCUGAUGUUGAUAGCAGUGAUGAAGACGAAACUAAAGAAUCCGAUAAAAAGAAUGAAAUAAUAAAUGAUAGUAAAAAACGAAAACUAGAAAGCGAUGAUGAUGACGAUGGAGAAAAAACAGAAGAAUACGAUACUGAUGAUGAAAAUGUCUAUGAUGUGAAAUUAGAGAAAACAUUUUCAAAGAUGACCGAUGAUGAAAAACGUUUAAUGAUUGAAAGAGCAUUUGAAUUAAAAGAAAAAUUACAAGAAAAAUUAAAAAAGACUCGUGAAGAAGCCGAAGAAAAGAAAAAAGAAAUCGAACAACUACAAAACAAAGUUAGCGAAGGUGUUGUACUGAUGGAAGGUGAAGAUGAAGUUCUUAAGGGUACUAAAGUUAAAUAUUUUGAAAUAUUUCCCGAACGAAAUUAUAAACAAGGUUCAGCUGCUGAAUUACACUUUCGUCUAGCUGAAUCACAAUUCUAUCGUUUAUUAAGUGGACACACAACAGCACAAGUAAUCAAAGUUGAAUAUGUUUGCAAUCCAAUUCUAAUCAAUAAAUUCAAUCAAGCACGAGACGAACUAAAGAGAAAACGUGGUGAAAACUACUCGUAUCCUGUAUUAGCUUUUCAUGGUACAGCUGUAACUAAUAUACAACCAAUAUGUGAUAACGGUUUUAAAGUGCCCGGUCAAGACGGAUUUCUACAUGCAACUGAUACGGGUUAUUAUGGACGAGGAACAUAUUUUAGUGAAUAUCCUAAUUAUUCAAUGGGUUACAUCAAAGGUUCUACAAAAUUGAUGUUAUGCCAAAUAUUACAAGGAAAAGUAUAUCAAUGUACACAGCUAAUAGUUGGUGCUGAUCUUCAAGAUGGUUUUGAUUCGCAUUGUUCACCUGACAGAAAAGAGCUGAUCAUCUUUCGCAGUGAUUAUAUCCUUCCUCAAUAUAUUGUUCAUUAUAAACUAAAUGCUGGAGAAUUUAAAUAUAGUACUCCUAUAACAAGAGAAGCUAAAAAGAAAAAACUAGCUAAAAUUGGUAAAUUGUACAAAAAAGCGGUAGCAGCUAAAGGCGUAAACAUAUUUACUGGUUAUAAAUUUGCCUUUAUCGGUAAAAUGGCUGAUACACCAUUAGCCAUCGAAGCACUUGUUAAACGAUUCGGUGGCUAUGUUUGCAAAAAUACCGUUCCAUUUGGUGGAACAAUCAUGACAACUGGCUUGUUUGUUAAUGGAUUUCCUGCUACAGUUCAAUUCGAUGCACCCAAUGUAAUUAUUUGUUCACUAGCAGAAUUUGAAGCAGUAACUCCAUCAGCUGAAUUACAGGCCUAUAAAAAUAUGAAUUAUCAACUGUACUAUAGUGAAGACUUCUUAUACGAUUCGAUUAUUGAAGGCACACUGAAAACAAUGGCAGAUUAUACACAUGAAUAA